AUGGCCGAAUUGUACCAAGACAUACCAGAUGAGAUGUAUGAAGCAAACGUCAUCUCUAGAGAGCAAAUCAACACAAUCAAAGAUGAGCCCGCAAUGCUCGAACAUAAGGAUUGGCGAUUUCCAAUCAUUGAUUAUGUCUUAUACGGCUUGUUGCCUAAAGAUAUCAAGGAAAGAGAAUCUACUCGUAGACGAGCACCUAGAUUCUACUAUGAUUCUCAAUCCCAGACUUUGUAUCGAAAGUCGUACGAUAGGCUUUUGCUUCGCUGUUUGUCAAAUAGAGAAGCAAGAGAAGCUCUUAAAGAAGCUCAUGAUGACAUCUGUGGAGCUCAUCAGCCUGGUCCUAAAUUGUGGGACCGACUAUGCAGAUUGAGUUAUUACUAG